GCCCAGUAAGAGUGGCUUUUGUCCACCUUAUGUGGAGAAAAAAAAGCCAUGUCUGAGUGCAAUAAAAUCCAAUACAAUAAUUCAUUGAAACUCAAUUGGGUGUGGCUCUUAUAUAUGUAUACAUGGUGAACAGGCAGAUGAUAUAGCAAAGCAGAACAGAGCUGCAGAGCGGAGUGGACGACGGAAUGGAGUAGCAUACAUUAGGCUGUUCUUUUGUGCUUUUUGGGUGUGUAGACAGAUAUUGCAAUGGCAGACAAGGCUGUAGUAGGUGGCUAUGAGCCACUGCAUCAUGCAAAUGAGGGGAGGAGUAGUAUAAGCUUGAUAUUCUUCAAGUUCUUUGGUGUUGUCUUCUUGGCAGGUGCUCUUUGCUACCUCUUCAUCAGCAACACUAAUGCAUGGACAAUGGAGGCCAAGAAACUCUCAUUGUCAUUGGAGAAACAAGAUGCAUUGAAUAUAAUAAGGCCAGUGAUGAAGGAAUCAAUAUUUAAAGAGCAGCAGCAGCAGCAGCAGCAGCAGCUAACGAAAGAUCAAGUAUGUGAUCUUUCUGUUGGAGAAUGGAUACCAAACUCUGCAGGACCAGCAUACACAAAUGAAACCUGCAAUAAAAUACCAACAUAUCUAAACUGUCUGAAGAAUGGGAGGCCAGACACUGGUUACCUUCACUGGAGAUGGAAACCUAGUGGCUGUGACUCGCAUCCCAUUGAUCCAUUGAAAUUUCUGAAUGCAAUGCGAAAUAAAUCAAUUGCAUUCCUCGGCGCUUCAAUUUGCCAUAACCAUGUGGUCUCCUUGAUCUGCCAACUAUCUAAGGUAGAAGAGGCUCUUGAUAUCUUUCAUGACUCAUCAUUCCAGACUAGGACAUGGUACUAUCCUUCUUAUAACCUCACAUUGUAUGUCAUCUGGGCUCCAUUUCUGAUUCAUUAUGAGACAAUUGAUAACCCUGGAGAUAAAUCUCAAAGUGAACUACACAUUCACCUUGACAUCCUGGAUAACAAGUGGACCAGUGAGUACAACAAAUAUGACUAUGUGGUGAUCACUGGUGGCGCAGAUUUCUACAGAUCAACAAUCAUAUAUGAGAACAACCAAGUAAUUGGUUGUCAUCACUGUCGACCUCACAUGAAACUAAAACAUUUAGCAGCUGAUGAGAUUUACAGGAAGGCACUCAAGUUGAGUCUAAAGUUCAUUGCCACAGCUGAGCACAAGGCUUUCAUUAUCUUAAGAACAUGGCCACCAAUGCAUUAUGAGCAUGGAGAGUUGCCUGAUGAAAAAUUUUGCAAUAGAACUAAGCCAUUUAGAGAAGACGAAAUCAGUGGUUAUGCUUCAGACCAUAAAAUGAGGGAAGUUGAAAUUGAGGAGUGUGAGAAGGCUGCAACCAUUGGAGCAAAGAAUGGUGUGAGAAUAGAGCUACUUGAUACUUACCAUCUUUCACUCUUGAGACCUGAUGGGCAUCCAGGUUCUUAUGGUAUUUACAAUCCAUCUGAUAGUGAUAAGAAGAAAGAGGUUCAAUAUGAUUGUGUGCAUUGGUGCUUGCCUGGUCCUAUUGACACUUGGGCUGAACUGCUAGUACUAAAGAUGCUAAGUAGUGGAGUUGCUGGUGACUCUGUUUCUGCUUAAUUUGCUCUAGAAUUCCAAUAUUGUUGAUCAGUCUUUUUUAUUUAUUAUGUAUUUCUAUUUUAAAUAAAGUUGAUGAACGGCCAUGCUUGAAGUAGCAAAUUAAUAUA